GAAAUGGGCAGACCGGCUACUCCAUUUGUUUUGAAGAAAUAUGGCGCCGAAGGUGAAGAAUCAGCGACCGGAACAGAAACUAGAACUCAGCAGUGAUAGUGACAGUGAUCUCGAGCUGAUCGACUGCCCUCGCCGUGUGUGCCGGCCCAGAAUCAAACGGCGCAGGAUCCUUGAUGGCACCAACGUACACACUGUCCCCAUUUACACUGGACGGGUCAACCGGACGUUGACGCUGUACCAGGAGAACCCGGAAGAAGUGGACCGAGCAUUCCAGCGGCUGGCGCCAGAGCCAGAUUCGGAGGAUGAUCCAGACGGCAAUAACGAGUUGGAGAGCAGACCGCACAGGAGAAGGAAACAACCGUCCGCACGGGCCCAGAGGAGGGGUCUGCUUUCUGACUCUGAGCAGGAUGAGGACCUGAAUCUGAGUGUCUCCAGUAGUCAUAAGGACCGCUCGCCCUCUCCACCCUCCACACCCAGCAUGCCAACCCGACGGACCAGACGAGCUUGCGUCGCUAUAAGGGAAGCAGACAGGAACUUGAAACAGCUCAAAGUUUUCCAUUUGAGCCCCGUGAAUACCAGGGUACAGUGUGAAUCUGAGGACGUGAUGCUGGUGGGUGUGUUACCGACUGUUCCCACCACUGCCCGGGAAAUUACAGUCAAGGUCCGUUUUCGGGGAGAAGUCUACCGAAUACCAAUGAGGGUGACGGAACCCCUACAGAAGGUGAUUAACUACCUGUCUGGACAACUGCAGGUCAAAGCUGAUAGAAUUCUCCUCCUACAGAAGGACGUGGAAGUUCCACUUAUGGGGACCCCUGAGUCUCAGAACAUUGGCGUGGCAGAUAUUUUGGAUUGCUUUGUGAUGUCUGAAUAUCCUGCACAGCUAGCUGACAAGAUCUGCCUGCGCGUACGUGGAAUGGAGAAAAACUCAUUCCAGGUCAUCACCAUCGGAAAGACCGAGUCACUGAAGAGACUAAUGGAGGAUUACAAGGAGCGGAUGGAUCUACAGCGAUGUCGGCUGACUUUCCACUUUGAUGGCACCGAGCUAUUGGAGAGCAGCACUCCCCAGGACAACGAGAUGGAGAAUGACGAUGUGAUUGAUGUCCGGAUAUGCUCGUCCUGAAUGCCAGGCUGGGAAUGGUCUUUAGUCACAUUGAUCGAAAUCCCACUAACCAAAGAAACAGUGGCCAGAGGAAGCAGCAGCUCAAUCAGUGAUGACAACAUACUUAAACUACUAGACUUCUGCCUCAUUUGUCAUCAUUAAAUGCAACAAAUGAGAACAGACCUACUACCUCAUCAACAGUGCAUUCACAGGGACAAAAUUCACAAGAGAAGAAGAAAACAGCAAUCAAUGUCCAUUUUUGUCCAAUUAAAAUUGAGUGUAUGACCAAUGGGGAAUUCCAAACCUCAGUAUACAAGAAAAACAGCCCACACUGCUCAAAUUCUCAGCUUCCACAGCAACCAGCCAAACAUUCACAAACAAUUUUGCAUUAGGACACUAUUUAAGUGGGCCACGACACACUGCAACACUCCAGAACUACGCAGGAAAGAGGUAGAGCACCUAUCCAAAAUCUUCUCAAUAAACGUACCCCUGCAAUAAGAUCUGCAGACGUUUACUAAACAGACAGCACCAGGAGGACACAGUAUGUCCUAACACACGGCCACACUGCCCUACAUCAAGAACAUAUCAACUGACAACAAGACUCCUAAGACCACUAGGAAUCAUGGUGGCCCACAAGCCCACAGCCACUCUCUGACAAACACUCACAAGGAUUAAAGACCCCAUUCCCACAACAUGCAGAGCCAAUGUGGUUUAUAAAAUACCAUGCGGUGAUAGCCACAAACAUUACAUCAGACAGACAGGAAGAAAACUGGCCAUCAGAAUACGUGAACGUCAGCUAGCAGCAAAACGACACACUGAACUUCCUUUCAUACAAGUACAGUCAGACUGUGAAGGCCGUCAGUUUAGCUGGGAUGACGUAACCAUAGUAGCCAAGCCAAACAUAGACAUGCAUAGGAAUUCCCAGAGGCAUGGCUUUCAACCCCGUAAUGCUAUCAACAAACAUGUAGAAUUGGACCCCAUAUACAAACCCAAUCAGAUCAAAACUGUAAAUAACACCACUCGGCACAAUGAACCACUCCGUAUAAAUUCCAAGCAGAGUAGAACAACAUUGCUUCAUUGGAGGCCUCACUGUUGAUGUUACCUAGCAUGGUGAUGAAACAUCUAACAAAAACAAGCCAGCUCUGCAAGCAAGUCAACAACCUCACCCACAACACGAGCUACAAACCUUUGCUAACACUUUGUGCUGCCUGCGUUUGAAAUCU